AUGGGGAAAGGGGGAGGGAUAGACAAAGGGAGAGGGAUGGGGAAAGGGAGAGGGAUGGGCAAAUGGAGAGGGAUGAGGAAAGGGAGAGGGUUGGGGAAAGGGAGAGGGUUGGGGAAAGGGAGAGGGUUGGGGAAAGGAAGAGAAUGGGAAAAUGGAGAGGAUGAGGAAAGGGAUGGGGAUGGGGAUAGGGAUUGGGAAAAGGAGAGGGACGGUGAAAUGGGUGGGACUGGAGAAAGGGAGGGGGAGGGGAAAGGUGGAGGGAUAAGGAAAGGGAGCGGGAUGGGGAAAGGGAGAGGGAUGGGGAAAGGGAGAGGGAUAAGGAAAGGGAGGGGGGUGGGCAAAGGGUGA